UCAGUUGCUUGGCCCACUCGCAUCUCAUCGCGCACGAACGCCCUCCUCACUUGAUUUGAAUCUUUUCGCCAAAAACGAAAUUGUUGAACGCGAAAUCAAAACAAAAUCAAAGAGCGGGACCGAAAAAGCUAAAGCCUUUAGCCUUCUUUCUCAUUCGCCGCUCAGUUGUUAUUUUUUCGGGUUAUCGCUUGAAUACGUGCUGCUGUGUUCGCUGCUGCAUCUGUAGGGUAACACGAACCCCCUAUAUUUUUUGGGUUUGAAACAAAAAAGGGAAGGAAACGAGCGGAACUGAAAUGAUCAUUCCAUCAACAGUUGGGAGGUGUUGGAUGGCUUUGUUGCUGGUGCUUGCGACCCUCGCCUUCUUGACGCAGUCGAGUCCCAUACACAAGCGCAACGUCAGCGGGAAAACUAAAUGGUGCGGCCCGGAAUUCAGCAAGGCCUUAGAAGCUGUCUGUGCCGUCUACAAGAGUUAUUGGCUCCCCACGCCCGCCGAACCAACGGAAGUAGGCAACGAUUUGAAACCGCAAAAGGAACUGGAAAAUCGUCGAUCUCCCACCACAAACGAAUGCUGUCUAGUCGGUUGCACCCAAAAAGAUUUGGAAAGCUUCUGCCAAGAAGUCAGGAAUCAAACAACAGUCGAGUUGCCAAAGAGUUCCGAUCUGAGCGCAGCUAAUGUCAUGGAAUGGAUUUCUCAACCGUCUGAGCCGCUGUCGACAACGGAGACUCCGUCCGAUUCGACUCCCGAAAUUUUUUACAACGAAUCUUUAGAACAGGACGCGCUGACCAUCCUGCCCACCUACAGAACGCCUCAGUACAGCAACCUGCAAUUCCUGUGAACCGACGUGUGCCUUAGACGCUGCCCGUGUUGUUGUUGUUGUUGUCAAGAGGAAAAUUGCCAAUCACUUCAGAGUACCUUUUAUUCCGCAAAACGAUUGUUGUUUGUUCGUGAAAUUGAGAGCUUCCAAUUCUUGUUUCGAUUUUUACAAAUAGUUUUGUUUUGAUUCUCUGCUUUGACCAGCGGACGCGAUAUGAUUCCAUCACCACAAUUAUUUUUUUCCUCCAAAUUUUUAAAUUAACGAUUAUAAAAAACAAAAUUAAAACAAUUAUUCCACAUAUAGCUAAUAUAGUAAAUAAUUCCCAACGACCCCGGAUUGUUUUGUUUGUUUGAGUGCUGUUGUGUCUCUCCUGUUGAAUGCCGCAAUAAUUUGCUGUUGUUGUUGUUGUUGUUUUCGUUGUAAUUUGUGUGUUUGCUGGUGCCGCCUUCCCGCGAUCCCGCGCCAAUCAAUCAGAAAAGAUGUCAAAUUCAUGAUCAAUCAAAAGAAACUCAAUAAAGGAUGCUUGAAAUGCUAAA